AUGGAGGGGGCUGUGCGAGAACCAGGGCGGAGUUUCCUCCUCUGCUCAUUGUUCGCGGCCCAGCGCCCGCCCAGCCACCGCCCCGCCCGGCCCCGCUGCGGCUUGCUGGCGCGCUCCUGGGGGAGGGGGCAGAGGCCGGCGCGGACGGGACGGGGCGGGAGUCGCCGCAGCCGCCGGCGGAGCAGCAAACGCUCAGACACCGCCCGGACGCAGCCGCCGCUGCUCCUCUACCGCUGGCUCUGCGCCCCAACCCGGCUCUGCGGCAGGGAGGAGGGGCCGCCGGAGCCCGACUCCAGAGUGCGGGGCCACCGCCAGGCCUUGGGAGCCAYCGCCAGGCCUCCCAGAGCGGCGCCCACGUUCCAGACGCACAGACCCUGCGCCAACCCCGCAGCCACCUGCUUCGGGCCCGGAGGCGAGGGCACGAUGCGCUCCGCGCUGGCGCUUUCCGCGCUGCUUCUGCUGCUUCAUCUGCCGCCGGCGUCGCUCUCCCAGGAUGACACAGCAGGUAAGGACGGCUCGCCAGCAGCAGCCCCGGCUACCACAGUAAAAACUAGCACAGUCUCAAGCACGAAGCCCCAAACUUCAGGAACCACUUCAGACCCAGCGACAUCCACCAAGUUGGCUGGCUCUUUGGCAUCCACAUCCCGAGGGGGGUCCUUGAGCCCGACUCAGCCAAGCACCCCUGCGGCGACUACAGUCUCUAUAACCACCAGUGUCACAAAGAGUGGUAGUACUACGCCUUCCUCUCCUACUUUAACCAACGCUGUAAAAGCAACCUUCCAGAGCACGGACAAAGGAACAACUGCCCCUGGAUACAGCAGUAGUAGCCACGUUUCCACAGCCACCCCAGCCACUAAUAGAACAGAGGUGCUGAGCUCUCCUCCUCCUGGGGGUUCACCUGGCAGCCCAGGCUCUCACCAUUCAACCGCUGCCACUGUGAAGACCCCAGAGAGCUCCACCAGUGGACAACACAGCCUUUUCUCCAUCCCCAGUGGUUCAAGCCCUGCGCCUGGCACUAGCGGCCCCACAUCCAAGGUGUUGCCCACCACCCAAACCUCUUCAGACUCCACCAUAGCACCCAAGAAGGAACACCCACCAUGCACCCCAGAAGGAACUCGGCAGACCUCCAGCCAGAUGCCACCCAAGCCCACCCCGUCUUCCUCCAUGACAUCUCCGCUUGAGAGCUCUUCGUCCAGUCCUUGGUCAAGAACUGGGGCCACAUCUACUGUUGGGGGAGACACCCACYCCAGCACUCGUUCGGCUUCAACUGCCCCCCAAGGCCUCAGCACAACCUCUUCCACCCUGGCUCCUGGGAAACCCAAGGUAGACUGCAUGCCUCCUGAAAGRCUGGAUAAGAAGCUGCUCAUCCUGAACCUCACGGAAACCAGCCCCUGUGCAAAGAGCCCUCCAGCGGAUAACAAAUUGAUCACACAGCUGUGCCAAGCAGUCAARGCCACCUUCAACCCGGCUCAGGAUUCGUGUACAGUACAGCUGGCUCCCAUUCAGGAAAGCCAGGCGGUGGCCCUCAAAAAAAUCACUAUUCAAACAAAUCUCCUUCCUGAGAAUGUGUACACCCUGCUGAAGGACAAGUGGGAUGACCUAAGAGAGGUGGGAGUCAGCCACAUGCAGCUGGGGGAUGAAGGACCGCCAGAGGAGACUGAAGACCGCUUCAGCAUGCCACUGAUCAUCACCAUCGUCUGCAUGGCAUCCUUCCUGCUCCUCGUUGCGGCUCUCUAUGGCUGCUGCCACCAGCGACUCUCCCAGAGGAAGGAUCAGCAACGACUCACAGAGGAGCUACAGACAGUGGAGAAUGGUUACCAUGACAACCCAACCUUGGAARUGAUGGAGACCUCCUCCGAGAUGCAGGAGAAGAAGGUGGUGAACCUUAAUGGGGAGCUGGGGGACAGCUGGAUUGUCCCUCUGGACAACCUGACCAAGGAUGACCUAGAUGAGGAAGACACACAUCUCUAACCGGGUCUGCUGGUGCCUCGACAGUGCCACAGGCUCCAGACUGACCACCUGAAGUGCCAUUUGGACAGAGGGGGAARAUUCCUCCGUUUGAGGAGGGAAAGACUGGGGGAGGAAGAGUGGACUUCAAGGGUUGCUACCUCCCAAUCCCCACAGGGCCUUAAUUUUUCCCUUUUCAAGCCGAUCAUAUCCUGUUGUCUAGAUCCCUCUUGUAAAGURACCCACUAGUGCCUGAGCUCAUCGCUGCUGGAGGAUGAGAAGGGAGAUGGACGAAGAGUCAUGGAAAGGAUCUCAGACUCUAGAACAAUCYCCUCAUUUCCCAAGUGAGAUAACUAAGGAUUGAAGAGGGCAGGCGACUUGCACAAGGUCACAGUUACUUGGUGACAGAUUCCUCCCUUCACUCCAGGGCUCAUCUGUACCAAGCACACUGCUCUUCACUUGUGCCCUCUCUCCAGAGCAGCCCUGGGWAGGGGAACACUCCCGAUAGUAGGGGGCUAGGGAGGCGAGCUGGCCUGUACCCUUUUCAGUGGGAUCUGAUUAUAAGGACAGGUYCCGUGUUUCCAUCUCUGACUCCAGCUUCACCUGCCAAUACUCUUCUCCCUCCCCUCCUCUCACCCCUUUUCACUCAGUUUUCAGUCCCACUCUGCCCCAGGGCACCAGGGAUCAGCACAGGUCAUUCAUCACCUUGAACCUCUUUUCCUGGAUUCUGAUUUCUUUGCAUCCAUUUAAUGAUGCAGAGGCCUCCCAGUGUGCUUGAGGCCCACUCAAGGGAACAGUGGGCAGGUGAAGAGAGGAGCUCUUCGUCCCAGGGUUGCCUCCUCAUGGCAGYUGAUUCAGGGCUCAGAAAUGACACUGGCCCAUUACCCAAGCACCCCUUGAAAAUGGACACUCUCCAAGAUCUCCUUUGGCCUUCUGCUCCCACCAGGGAUUAAAAUCUGCAGUAGCCACAGAAAGUAAGAUGUUUCUUUUUGGUCACUGCUCAGCCAAUGGAUGAAUCCCGCAAGGCCCAGCCAGAAAGAGCAAUAGUGGUAAGACAGAUCUGUGCAGGCCUCCCACCCCCACCCCGAUCAGCAGAGGUGUGCCUGAACAGACAAUCGAUUCAUCAAACUGCUGGCAGACAGGUGUUACUUGUUUCACAGGAUACUCAGGGACUUUUCAAGUUGCUGAGAGUUUUGUUGUAUUUGUUUUUUUAAAUUCAGCACUCCACUGUCAAAGGCCAAAGCUUCAGCUAUUGGAGACUCUUAGCUCACCUCAUGGAUUCUGAUUCUCCAGAGAGAGAGAGAAAAGCCAGGACAUGAGUGCACUCUAAGGUGCCUGACUUCCCACUCUUCUGGCAUGGAGCUAGGCCUCGCUGUUUCCUCUCCCCUGUGUUGCUGGUGGGGCUACUGCAGUUCUGUUUCUGGUGGCAUCUCAGGGAAACACAAAGCCAUGUCUGUUCCACAGCACAGGGUUUUCUAGGCUCAGCAGUUAGCUGUCUUGUAGAAGGCAUCUGAGGAUGGGGCAUAGUGAGGCUUCAUCUGGUUUUCUGAGAGGGGARCUCCUGCAUGGAGUUUUUGAACUCUGGCCAUGGCCUGUAUGUUCCUGGGCAUAAAUUCCCUGGAACCAGCUAUCUGCAUUGGAACAGUUUAUUUUAAACAGAAUAGAWGGGGGACAAAGGGGAAAGGUCUAUCCUUUCCUAGCUCCCUGCGUCCUGCUCUGAGGCCUGUAGUCAUUAAAUAUCCUAGGGAACAGGGAAGUCCAGGUGAUCAUGGAUUGUACCYAGGAAGUGUUCCAAGAGCUMGAGAGAUGCUAGGUUACCAGUAUCCAAAUGCAUCUGCUCUGCUCUUCUGUCACUAGUAUUUGGAGGUGGGCAGGAUGGGGAACAGUGCCAAUUUGAGGAGAAAGAGAGGGAAUGUUGGGACAAUGGAGAGAGGUCUGUUUGCUUCCUUUCUGCCCAGGGUUCUGUCUGUCCAGUGGGUUUCUGUCAUGGCCUGUGAGAGGCCAGAGUGGAUUAUUGCYCUUUUGCUGAUUCUGGGUCACAUUCACUGGCAAGGGCUUUUGACAGACAGCAAAUAUUGCUUCUGCAAAUGAUCAAAGGAUGCAGCCCCAGGACCUCUUAGAGAUGACGACUGUGAAGACUAGAGAGCAGAAACCAUGCCUGGUCAGGGGCAGUGAACACAGCUUUAUCCAGGGAGAACCUGGGGAAGCAUUGGGCUGACUGAGAGGUUCCUUCUUCUUGUGCAUCCAAAUUGUGCUUUUAGUGGCACWUUGGAUCUGACACCUGGCGUUGGCUCGCUCUUGCUGCUAGGACCUCUAUAUCAACAGGCCAUGCCACCAGCAAGUGUAAAACUCAUCUUCCCACAUGCCUGAGUCCGAGUGCUGUCUGAUAAUUCAGAUUCUGGGACCAAGAAGAGAUAAUGRCAACACCAGAGGCUUAGCAAGACUCUGAACCAGUUGUACCAAAGAGAAUUUAAGAACUCCAUUUCAGUGGCAAACCACUGUUUCCCCAUGCUGCAAAAACCGUGAAUCUGAUAAUUCCCCAAGUUACAAAAACCACAGAUCUGGAGAUUUUGAUUGGAUGAAAUUCAGUGGGCAGCAUGCUGCAUUGUGAGUGGGAGAGUAUAACGUACAGACAAAUAUGCACUGGAAGGCGGAGUCCGGGUUUAAUCUAGCAGACACUGGGCAUGCCCAC